AUGAUCCGUUGGUUUCCGUUUUUAUUCGCGGCUGCGGCAUUGCUUUUGGGUGCCCGCGCUGAACGAGUUGAAAUUACACAUGUUGAGCCGGAAAUUAAAAAUGCUGAGGAUUAUAGCUACGUGCAAGUCGAAGCUGGAAAAAAGUUGACGAUACAAUGUCACCUCUCCGGCGGAGGGAAUAUAAAAUGGCUAUUCCCGAAAAACGAAGACGUCCUCGGUUUCGAUCUCAGAGAAUUAAACCAAAGGGUCUCGAUCUUGCCAAACGAGGAGCAAUGGAUUUCUACGCUCACAAUCGCAGAUAUGUCACAAUCAGACACCGGUCUAUAUACAUGCCAAAACGAAAAUAAUAAGGAAGCCGUGGACUCGAUUUAUGUCUUCGUUACUGGCCCUGUCGUGAUGUUAAAACCAGCCUCCGAUCAAUUAGCCGCGUCAACACAGCGGAUGAUAAUUCCUUGUCGUACCACGGAAUUCCCACAGACAGCCGGAGAGGUCAAACUGUUUCUUGGUUCGCUCGACAUUCCUCAUAAUGCUGAAUAUGACCCAAGGACCGGUUUUACUCUGGACAAGUUCCCACCCUCCGAAUUAACAUCCGGCUCUGGAAAAGCCAGAUGUCAAUACAAAGACUCUACCAUCUCCUUUACCGUUGCGAAAAACAACGCGAGCCAAGAAUUCAAUUUCACUCUAGUAGCUCGAGACGAUUGGGCAUAUGCUGGCGCUGUCAAUUAUACCAUCAACUGUACCCUAGCCGUCAUUCGAGGAGAAGCCAGAAUGUACAAGCAUAAGCUGGAAUUUCUUUGCCCGCGCUGUAAUAAUACGAAUGCGGUGGCUAUAUAUAACAACCGACAGCAUGCUGGGGCAUUUUCCUUGGUGCUCAACAUUUUUUCGGUCACGCAAGAAGAUGCUGGGGAAUAUUCGUGUAUAUGGUCUGAAGAAGAAGCUUCAAAAGAAUAUCAAACCAAGAAAACGAAGAUGGUGAAACUGGCUGUAUCGAAGGAAGAGGCGCAAAUUAGGUUCAUGCCGCAUCACGAAGAAUUGAUCUUGAAUGAGGGUCAAUCUAUUGAUUUGGUUGCUGCGAUCAAGGCCUACCCAUUCGAUCUUCCGAACUACAGCUCAAGUUGGAAGCGGGAAUAUGUGACCGUAUCCAACAACCACAGUGAUCCAAUUACCCAUGAUGAAGGAAAGAAGAUCGAAAGCCGACAACCAGCGAAUCGACCCGGUGAAAAAAUUGAAGAACUAAAAAUAAUAAAUGCAAAUACGAACGAUUCUGGAAUUUAUGAACUCUCGGUGCAAGUAAAAGGGCUUCUCAAGAAGACCAGCUGGAAUGUAACCGUGAAUACAAAAACACCACGCGUCGCCUUCCAAAAUAAUACCCAAAUUCGAAUGCAGUGUGUGUCAUCUGGAGUACCUCUAGUGCUCCCCAAACUUCAGAGCAGGGAAUCCCGUCGGGGUGGUGGCCGUUUCACCGAUGUUCCGGAAGCGGAAUUAGAAACAAUUUACGGAACCUUUGAAGCUGGUGUAUCUUGGCGGCCGUAUGUCAGCAAAGAUAUGCUAGUCAGAUGUAUGGUACGCCGCGGUGAUAAGGAUGUCUCCGAUGAGCAGCCGAUUUCAGUGGCAAACCACGGAUUUAGAACGUGGUCAAAUGUUACGAAGGCUGCGUCGAGUAAGGCUGGCGAACAUAAGGAGCUGUUAUACGCCGGAGAUAACGUAACUUUGAGCUGUGAGACGCUGUGGCAAGAUGGACUCGAAAUUAAAUGGAAGCAUGAGGACACUGAGCUUGAGGGGGAGGUCAGCGAGUCUGGCCCGACGAUGAUCAAGACCAUCGAAUUGACGAACAUCAGCCCUUCAAAUAAUGGUCGUUACCAGUGUCUCUUUAUACGUCGCGGUCGCGUCACGGUUGUCGGGAAUGAAACGAUUACGGUACAACGCGUUCGUGCACCCACUCCCAGCGAGAAGCAAGGGGAAAAUUUCUCUUUUCCUUACCACAAAAAUGGGACGCUGGAGUGUAAGAUGUCUGGCCAACCGACACCCGAAAUUGAGUGGAAAAAGAACGGUGAACCCGUGGAAGCUAGACAUAUAAGUGCCGAUGGCUCAACAUUGACCAUCAACCGUGUUGUUGAGGAUGAUGCCGGAAUUUACACAUGUGUUGCCGAGAACCGUGCCGGAAGCUAUGAAGCCAAAUAUAAUGUUGAAGUGGAUGGUGCCCCAAACCGUCAUGCUCGUUUCUGGAUCAUCUUGCUCUUGGCAGCUCUUAUUUGUAUUUCGUUGUGCUCGUGUUUGGCAUUAUACAAAUGGAGACAACAACGAAAGAGAGCAAAUGAGCAAGAAGGAGCCCUUCGUAUUCUCUACGACGAAUUGAUGCGCGGUGGCGUUCCUUCACACGAAAUUGUGGAUCAAAAAGUACCCAUCGAUCAACGAGUUGCCGAUCUUCCAUAUGAACGCCGCCUUGAGUUGAACCAGGAGAAUCUGCAACUCGGCCAGCAUCUUGGCAGCGGUGAAUUCGGACGCGUUGUGAUGGGAUGGUUGAAGAAGCCUGCGCGGGUCUCUGAUUCAGCGGCUGAAAGAGCACGAUUACCCGUUGCCGUUAAGAUGCCAAGAAAUGGCAACGACGUGAAACAACAAAAAAUGCUGUCAGACGAAUUGAAGGUGAUGGGCGCGAUUGCACCGCAUCCAAAUGUGCUUGCCAUCAUUGGUGCCAUCACAAAACAGAUGGUUCACGGCCGCCUCUUUUUGGUUGUCGAGAUCUGUGACAAAGGCAGCCUUCGUGACUACCUUCGAAAUCUUGGAAAAACAUCGCAGAAUUUUAAGAAUGACUUGAGACCGGCACCUGCAAGUAGCUACCUUCAACCUAACAGCGCGCCAAAGAAGGUUUAUCUGAGCGAGCUCAACGAAGAAAACGGGCACGCACAUGGGGCUGCUGGUGAGCAAGAAGCUUUGCUCGAGCAUGAGAGGAUUCCUCCGUCUUCCACAGCGGAGUUGCUGUCAUUUUCGAUGCAAAUCGCUAAUGGAAUGGAAUAUCUCAGCAGUGUGCCGUGUGUGCAUCGUGAUCUAGCGGCUAGAAAUGUACUCCUUACAAAAGAUAAAGUCUGCAGGAUUGCCGACUUUGGAAUGGCGAAAAACACGGAGAAGGAAUAUUAUCGCAAAACUCGAAGCACAGAAAACAAAGUUCCCGUUCGUUGGACGAGUCCUGAAGCUAUUACACAUGGCUACUACACACAAGCGUCAGACGUCUGGUCGUUUGGAAUUCUUCUCUACGAAAUCUUUACUUUGGGCGGCACACCGUAUCCGGAUUUGAGCAACGAGGAGACGCUACCAAGGGUGCUGAACGGUACACGUAACAGUCAGCCCGAGUUUGCACAUGAUGAUAUUUUCAACCUUAUGCAACAGUGUUGGAUGAUUGAUCCAAGUAAACGCCCGCUAUUUACGGAUUGCGUGCAUUUGCUAAAAGAGCAUCUACGUCUAUGCUCAUCACCACUUCUUGAACAAGUAGAAGAUCAACUCCAGGCAGAAUGGGCAAGGCUCGAGUCCUAUCGACAGUGGAGAGAACAGCCCGAGGAUAUGAAAAACCAGCCAAGAAAUAAGGGCGAAACAACAACCUUAUCCGAAAGGCCACCCCAAUCUCCAAGUGAUCGAGGCGAGCACAUCUAUAUCCAGGACUUCCCAGCUCGCGUU